UUUUAUAUAUGGUUUAUAGUAGUCAAACAGCCUAGCACAUAUUUCUCCACCAUAACAUGGCAAAAAUGUAUCAGGCACUGUCUAAGGCAUCAGGCAGCAUAUUCCUAACCAUUUUGUGUAACAACUUUCUGUGAGAGAGCUUUAAACUCCUUAGACGUUUGGUUCCCAUAACCAACACUGUGAACAAUUCAUGCUCAGCAUGUGGCUCUUAUCUAGAACAAAGCAUUUCACAUCGAACCACUCUAAAUUACUAUGUUUAUAUCUUAACCACUUGGUGGAGGUCCUCUUUUUGUUGACCCAAGUGUUUAUUUAGCUGUGCCCAAUUUGUAUAUUCUCCAUAGAAAAAUAAUGACCAACAGAAUGGAAACAGCAGCACGUGACCCUAGGGUCACCAUGUCCAAUGCCAAGCGUCAAAGAGAGGGGUAUAAAGCCUUGGGUUGUGGAGCGGUGGAUCUGCGCUCUCUGAAGUGAUUGAGCUCCAUCAGAUAUAUCGGGGAUGCAGAACUCAUCAUCCAACAUCAGUACCUGACCUCACUAAUGUUCUUGUGGGUGAAUGCAAUCAAAUUUACACAGCAAUGUUCCACCAUCUACUGUAAAGCCUUCCGAAAAGAGUAGAGGCUGUUGCUGCAGCAAAGACAACCUCCCUUAUUAACACUCCGGAGAAACAGCGAGAGAUGAUGAACCUUCUGCUCCUCUGUAUGAGCUCCAUGUCUCUCCAGCAGCAGCAGAGCCGCGCAAGCGCAGCGCCAGACUGGAGAGAAGGACUCAAACUUCCGGUGGUGUGUCAUGGCGGCGCUGUGGACUAUGCUUGAAGUGAAAAACUGAACCCCGCUCCCUCUCUCUUCUCCUCCUGCAAGACUGGGGGCCGCUGCGGGGUGUUUCGCACGGUAAACGAGGCCGGUUGGAGCCCAGGGGCGGAGAGAGAGCCGUGGUGCAAAUCCGCCUGACCAUGGCGGCGCACAAACCAGUGGAGUGGGUCCAGGCCGUGAUUACCAGAUUCGACGAGCAGCUCCCUAUUAAGACAGGACAGCAGAACACUCACACCAAAGUAAGCACAGAGCACAACAAGGAAUGUCUGAUCAACAUCUCGAAAUACAAGUUUUCCCUCGUCAUCAAUGGCCUGACCAACAUCCUCAAAAAUGUUAACAACAUGCGGAUUUUUGGGGACACUGCUGAAAAGAACCUCUACCUCUCCCAGCUCAUCAUCCUGGACACUCUGGAGAAGUGCUUGGCAGGGCAAACCAAGGACUGUUUGCGCCUGGAUGAGGCUAUGCUGGUGAAGCAGUUGCUCCCUGAAAUCUGUCACUUCCUGCAUUCGUGUCGUGAAGGCCAGCAGCACGCGGCUCAGCUACGCAGCUCUGCUUCUGCCGUGCUCUUCUCCCUCAGUUGCAACAACUUCAAUGCUGUCUUCAGCCGCAUCUCCACACGGUUACAGGAGCUUACAGUAUGCACAGAGGACACGGUGGAUGUUCAUGACAUAGAGCUUAUUCAGUACAUCAACGUGGACUGCUCCAAAUUAAAGAGAUUAUUACAAGAAACUGUACUGAAGUUUAAAGCACUGAAGAAGCCUGCACAGCUUGCUGUCAUCAAUAGUUUGGAAAAGGCUUUUUGGAACUGGGUGGAGUACUACCCUGAUGAGUUUACUAUGCUGUAUCAGAGACCGCAGGCUGACAUGGCUGAUUCUGCAGAGAAACUGUUUGACCUAGUGGACAGCUUUGCAGAGAGUGCUAAGAGGAAAGCAGCUGUGUGGCCACUGCAAAUCAUCCUCCUCAUCCUCUGUCCUGAAAUCACACAGAGCAUCUCCAAAGAAGUGGUGGAGGACAGCAAGACCAACAAGAAAUUGUUCUUGGAGAGUCUGAGGAAGGCCUUAGCAGUUCAUGGCAGCAGCAAGCAACUGACAGAGAGUGCAGCCAUUGCCUGUGUCAAACUGUGUAAAGCCUCCACAUACAUUAACUGGGAGGAUCAUUCUGUCAUCUUCCUUUUGGUGCAGUCCAUUGUAGUGGAUCUCAAAGCUCUCCUGUUCAACCCCACUAAGCCAUUCUCACGAGGCACUGGGUGCCAGAGUGCUGACGUGGACCUGAUGAUCGACUGCUUUGUGUCCUGCUUCCGCAUCAACCCACACAACAACCAGCACUUCAAGGUGUGUCUGGCCUCCACCUCCCCUCCAACCUUUCAUUUUGUCCUGGUCAACUCUCUGCACAAAAUCAUCACUAAUUCUCACUUGGACUGGUGGCCAAAGAUCGAUGCCAUCUACUGCUACUCAGGAGAACUGCGUGCCAUGUUUGCAGAUACACAAAGCCGAGUCGUCCAGAGCCUUAGUGCCCACGCACCGCUGAGGAUGACCCCGAGUCUGACAUUCAAGGAGAAGAUGACAACUAGUUUGAAGUUUAAAGAAAAGUCUGCAGAUCUGGACUCUCGCUCUCUCUUAUUGGCUUUGGUGAAACUCAUCCAUGCUGACCCUAAACUAAUGCUACAUAACCCUGGUAAACAGGGCCAGGAGAUCCAGAACAGCACAACUGAACUUAUCAUAGGCCUGGUCCAGCUGGUGCCCCUCACACACACUUCAGAGCUCUCUCAGGAAGCCAUGGAGGCACUUUUGGUGUUGCAUCAGCCUGAGACCAUUGAGCUUUGGAACCCUGAUACACCUAUUGAGACCUUCUGGGACAUCAGCUCCCAGGUCCUGUACCUCAUCUGCAAGAAGCUGAUUGGCCACCAGAUGAUCAACAGCACAGAGAUAUUAAAGUGGCUGAGGGAGAUACUCAUCUGCAGGAACAAGUUCCUCCUGAAGAACAAAGAGAGUGCCACACAGGGUAGUUUGAUCCCCAUCAGCAAGCAAGCACAGACCAAGCUGGAGGUAUGUCUAUACUCGUUCCUUUGGAGUCCGGAUGCAGAGGCUGUGCUGGUGGCCAUGUCCUGCUUCCGACACCUGUGUGAGGAAGCAGAUAUCCGCUGCAGUGUGGAUGAGCUGCCCGUACAUACCGUUCUGCCCAACUACAACACCUUUAUGGAGUUUGCCUCUGUAAGCAACAUGAUGGCCACAGGUCGCUCUACCCUACAGAAGAGAGUGAUGGCUCUGCUAAGGAGGAUAGAGCAUCCAACAGCUGGGAAUAUAGAGGCUUGGGAGGAUACACAUGCUAAAUGGGAGCAAGCAACUAAACAAAUUCUAAACCACCCAAAGAACAAAGUUGAAGAUGGGCAAGAGUGGAUCAACAUGACUGGUUUCCUGUGUGCUCUGGGUGGCGUUUGUCUGCAGCAGCGCAGUACACCCAGCCUGGGCACCUACAGUCCCCCCAUGGGCCCUCUGAGUGAGCGCAAGAGCUCCAUGAUCUCCAUGGCCUCCUGUGAAGUGAACAGUGAGACGCCCCUCAGCAGGUUCUUGGAGCGACUACUGUCCCUCAUGGUUUGCACACAUGAGAAGGUGGGCCUGCAGAUCCGUACAAACGUUAAAGACCUGGUGGGUCUGGAGCUGAGUCCUGCCCUCUACCCGAUGCUCUUCACCAAGCUGCGCAACAGCAUAGGGCGCUUCUUUGACACUCAGGGACCGGUACCAAUUACUGAUACAAACACACUGUUUGUGGAGCAGACCAUUGCCAUCAUGAAGAACCUACUGGACAGCCACACUGAGGGCAGCUCUGAGCAUCUGGGUCAGGCCAGCAUUGAGACAAUGAUGCUCAAUCUGGUCAGGUAUGUCCGCAUUUUAGGAAAUGGAGUCCAUGCGAUUCAGAUUAAAACCAAACUCUGCCAGUUAGUGGAGGUAAUGAUGGAGCGCAGGGAUGAUCUUUCUUUCUGUCAAGAGAUGAAAUUCAGGAAUAAGAUGGUGGAGUAUUUAACUGACUGGGUGAUGGGGACCUCCAAUCAAGCAGCAGAUGAUGAUGUUAAAUAUCUCACAAGGGAUCUGGACCAGGCAAGUAUGGAGGCAGUGGUUUCUCUGUUGGCUGGCCUACCUCUGCAGCCUGAGGAGGGAGAUGGAGUGGAGCUGAUGGAGGCGAAAUCUCAGCUCUUCCUUAAGUACUUCACGCUGUUCAUGAAUCUGCUGAAUGACUGCAGUGAAGUGGAGGAAGAUGGGCAGCAGGUGGCUGAGAGGAAGCGGGGAAUGUCCCGACGUCUUGCCUCCCUGCGCCACUGCACCGUGCUGGCCAUGUCCAACCUGCUUAACGCUAACGUAGACAGCGGCCUCAUGCACUCCAUAGGCCUGGGCUACCAUAAAGACCUGCAGACGAGGGCCACCUUUAUGGAGGUGCUGACUAAGAUCCUACAACAGGGCACAGAGUUUGACACACUGGCUGAAACCGUUCUGGCCGACCGCUUUGAAAGGCUAGUAGAACUUGUCACUAUGAUGGGGGACCAAGGGGAGCUGCCCAUCGCCAUGGCACUGGCCAAUGUGGUGCCGUGCUCUCAGUGGGACGAGCUGGCCAGGGUGUUGGUGACACUAUUUGACUCAAGGCACCUGCUGUACCAGCUGCUCUGGAACAUGUUCUCUAAAGAGGUGGAGCUGGCUGACUCCAUGCAAACUCUCUUCAGAGGAAACAGUCUGGCCAGCAAGAUCAUGACAUUCUGCUUUAAGGUGUACGGAGCUGCCUAUCUGCAGAAACUUCUGGAACCACUGUUGCGAGGUGUCAUCACCACUCCUGAGUGGCAGCACAUUAGUUUUGAAGUGGAUCCCACCAGGCUGGAACCCACAGAGAAUCUGGAGGAAAACCAGAGGAACCUGCUGCAAAUCACUGACCGCUUCUUCUUGGCCAUCAUCAAUUCCUCCAGCGAGUUUCCGCCCCAGCUGCGUAGUGUUUGCCACUGUUUGUACCAGGCUACUUGCCACUCCCUACUGAAUAAAGCCACUGUUAAAGAAAAAAAGGAAAACAAAAAAUCCGUGGUCAGUCAGCGAUUCCCACAGAACAGCAUUGGCGCUGUAGGCAGUGCCAUGUUCCUGCGCUUCAUCAACCCUGCUAUAGUGUCUCCAUAUGAAGCAGGCAUCCUAGACAAGAAGCCCCCUCCUCAAAUUGAGCGAGGCCUGAAGCUCAUGUCUAAGAUUCUCCAGAGUAUUGCAAAUCAUGUCCUGUUUACUAAGGAAGAGCAUAUGAGGCCUUUUAAUGAUUUUGUGAAAAGCAACUUUGAUGCAGCAAGAAGAUUUUUUCUAGACAUAGCAUCUGAUUCCCCUCCUAGUGACUCAGUCAACCAUAGCCUGUCCUUCAUCAGUGAUGGAAAUGUGCUGGCCCUCCACCGCCUGCUCUGGAACAAUCAAGAGAGAAUUGGGCAGUACCUGUCCAGCAACAGAGAUCACAAGGCUGUGGGUAGGAGACCUUUUGAUAAAAUGGCUACCCUCCUGGCCUAUCUCGGCCCCCCUGAGCACAAACCUGUAGCUGACACUCACUGGUCCAGUCUCAACCUCACCAGUUCAAAGUUUGAGGAGUUCAUGACCAGGCACCAAGUCCAUGAGAAAGAAGAAUUUAAAGCUCUAAAGACACUUAACAUCUUUUACCAGGCAGGAACAUCUAAGAAUGGCAACCCUGUCUUCUAUUACAUCGCUCGCAGGUUUAAAACAGGGCAGAUCAACGGUGACCUUCUGAUCUACCAUGUACUGCUGACCCUCAAGCCAUACUAUGCCAAACAGUAUGAGAUAGUAGUGGACCUCACUCAUGUUGGCCCAAGCAACCGCUUCAAGACAGACUUCCUUUCAAAGUGGUUUGUUGUAUUUCCAAAUUUUGCUUAUGAGAAUGUGGCUGCAGUCUUCAUCUACAACUGCAACACCUGGGUGCGAGAGUACACCAAAUACCAUGAGCGAUUGCUGACUGGUCUCAAGGGGAGUAAGAAGCUAUUGUUUAUUGAUUCACCUGCACGACUCGCUGAACAUGUGGAGCCUGACCAGCAGAAGCUUCCUGCCGCAACUCUGGCCCUGGAGGAGGACCUCAAAGUUUUCCAUAAUGCCCUUAAGCUUGCUCACAAAGACACAAAAGUGUCCAUCAAGGUGGGCUCCACAGCUGUGCAGGUGACGUCAGCUGAACGUACCCGUGUUCUGGGCCAGUCAGUCUUUCUUAAUGAUAUCUACUAUGCUUCUGAGAUUGAAGAGAUCUGCCUUGUGGAUGAGAAUCAGUUCACGCUGACCAUUGCCAAUCAAGGCACACCCCUAACCUUCAUGCACCAGGAAUGUGAUGCCAUAGUGCAAUCCAUCAUCCAUAUCCGCACACGCUGGGAGCUCUCUCAGCCUGACUCCAUUCCCCAGCACACUAAAAUCAGGCCAAAAGAUGUGCCUGGCACUUUGCUCAACAUUGCCUUACUAAACCUGGGGAGUUCCGACCCUAGUCUGAGGUCAGCAGCAUACAACCUCCUGUGUGCCUUAACUGGCACUUUUAACCUCAAGAUUGAAGGGCAGCUUUUGGAGACAUCUGGCUUAUGCAUCCCAGCCAACAACACCCUUUUUAUUGUGUCUAUAAGUAAGACACUAGCAGCCAACGAACCUCACCUCACCCUGGAGUUUCUGGAAGAGUGCAUCUCUGGAUUCAGCAAGUCAAGUAUUGAACUGAAGCACCUGUGUCUUGAGUACAUGACUCCUUGGUUGCGCAACCUGGUACGCUUCUGUAAGCACAAUGAUGACGCCAAACGACAGCGUGUCACUGCCAUUCUAGACAAGUUGAUCACCAUGACCAUCAAUGAGAAGCAGAUGUACCCCUCAAUUCAGGCUAAGAUAUGGGGCAGCCUGGGACAGAUAUCAGACCUGCUUGAUGUGGUGUUGGAUAGUUUCAUAAAGACCAGUGCUACUGGCGGCCUGGGAUCCAUCAAAGCAGAAGUAAUGGCAGAUACAGCUGUGGCUCUGGCUUCAGGAAAUGUCAAACUGGUAUCCAGCAAGGUAAUUGGCCGCAUGUGUAAAAUCAUUGAUAAGACAUGCCUGUCUCCCACUCCUACGCUGGAGCAACACCUGAUGUGGGAUGACAUUGCCAUCUUGGCCCGCUACAUGCUUAUGCUUUCCUUUAAUAACUCUCUGGACGUGGCGGCUCACCUGCCAUACCUCUUUCAUGUGGUCACCCUGCUUGUGGCUACGGGACCCCUCUCCCUCAGAGCCUCCACCCAUGGCCUGGUCAUCAACAUCAUCCACUCACUGUGUACUUGUUCCCAGCUCAAUUUCAGUGAAGAGACUAAACAGGUGCUGCGGCUGAGCCUGACAGAAUUUUCACUGCCCAAGUUCUACCUUCUGUUCGGCAUCAGUAAGGUAAAGUCAGCGGCGGUUAUAGCUUUCCGCUCCAGCUACAGAGAUCGCUCCUUCUCCCCAGGCUCCUAUGAGCGAGAGACUUUCGCCCUGUCCUCUCUGGAGACAGUCACUGAAGCCCUGCUGGAGAUCAUGGAGGCUUGUAUGAGGGACAUUCCUGGAUGCAAGUGGCUAGACCAGUGGACAGAGUUAGCUCAAAAGUUUGCUUUCCAGUAUAACCCGUCUCUUCAACCACGGGCGCUGGUGGUGUUUGGCUGCAUCAGUAAGCGUGUGACUCAUGGCCAAAUCAAACAGAUCAUCCGUAUCCUCAGCAAAGCCAGUCCCCUUCUAAGUAUUGACCGGGGACUGGAGAGCUGCUUAAAGGGACCAGAUAAUUACAACAGCCAAGUUCUCAUUGAGGCAACAGUCAUCGCACUCACCAAACUACAGCCCCUCCUCAUCCAGGACUCUCCCAUGCACAAGGCUCUGUUUUGGGUGGCAGUAGCAGUGCUGCAGCUGGAUGAGGUGAAUUUGUACUCUGCUGGGACUGCAUUGCUGGAGCAGAACCUGCACACACUAGACAGUCUACGGGUUUUUAAUGACAAGAGUCCUGAGGAGGUGUUUAUGGAAAUUCGGAAGCCUCUAGAAUGGGACUGUAAACAAAUGGACCAUUUUGUAGGCCUCAACUUUAACUCCAACUUCAAUUUUGCACUAGUGGGACAUCUGCUGAAAGGUUAUAGACACCCAUCCUCUGCCACAGUGGCCAGGACCGUUCGUAUCCUUCACACACUUCUGGGCCUGGUGGGCAAACACCGCAACUGUGACAAGUUUGAGGUGAACACUCAGAGUGUGGCCUACUUGGCUGCUCUUCUCACGGUCUCAGAGGAGGUGCGCAGCCGCUGCAGUCUCAAGCACAGAAAGUCUUUGUUGCUCUCAGAUGUUACCAUGGAGAAUUUCCCUGUGGACACGUACUCAGUUUAUCACCCUGAGCCUGGCUGCAGGCCACUGAAGGAAAGUCAGCCAUGGACCUCACCCAAAGUAUCAGAGCGCUACCUGGCAGCAUACUAUCCCACAGUGGGUCAAACCAGCCCCCGCACACGCAAGUCCAUGAGUGUGGAUAUGGGGCAGCCCUCACAGGCUAAUGCCAAAAAACUACUGGGCACCCGGAAGAGUUUUGACCAUUUAAUAUCUGACUCCAAAGCACCAAAGAGACCUGAGAUGGAAUCAGGCAUCACCACUCCUCCAAAGAUAAGACGAGUGGCUGAGAAUGAUUACGAUAUUGAAACUCAGAGAAUAGCCAACUCCCACUUGCGCAAGGUCUCUGUGUCAGAAUCCAAUGUGUUGCUGGAUGAAGAAGUCCUCACUGACCCCAAGAUUCAGACCCUGCUUCUCACUGUGCUGGCCACUCAAGUGAAAUACACCACAGAUGAGUUCCACCAGAGGAUCUUAUACGAGUAUCUGGCUGAAGCCAGUGUGGUCUUCCCAAAAGUGUUUCCAGUAGUGUACAAUCUGCUGGACUCCAAGAUCAGCACCCUGCUGUCCAUGUGCCAGGACCCCAACCUCCUGAAUCCUGUUCAUGGUAUUGUCCAGAGUGUGGUCUACCACGAGGAAUCGCCCCCUCAGUAUCAGCCCUCCUGCCUUCAGAGCUUCGGUUUUAAUGGACUGUGGAGAUUUGCCGGACCCUUCUCUAAGCAAACCCAGAUUCCAGAUUAUGCUGAACUGGUGGUGAAGUUCCUGGACGCUUUGAUUGACACCUACCUUCCAGGUAUUGAAGAGGAGGGAGGGGAGGAGUCCCAGCGAACACCCACCUCACCAUACCCCCCCAGUGUUCAGAGCCAGCUCAGCAUCACAGCCAACCUCAACCUCUCCAACUCCAUGACCUCACUGGCAACCUCACAGCACUCGCCAGAGGGCCCUAUAGUUUAUAGACGCUCCCCGACUAUGUCUCAUGCCAGGACAACAGAAGAGAUGCCACCGAAAACCGCUGCCUCUCUGCCUUGCUCUAAGUCGGCUGUGUUUCCACCACACCUCGUCCUCCCAGGUAUUGAUAAGGAGAAUGUGGAGCUGUCCCCUACCUCCAGCCUAUGCAGUGGUGGCCGAGCACGUCACGGUUCAGCCAGUCAGGUGCAGAAACAGCGCAGUGCUGGCAGCUUCAAACGCACCAGUAUCAAGAAGAUUGUCUGAAAAUGCUCUGAGACCACAUUUGGUAUGCACGAGGCUGCAUUAAUUACCUUUCUACAUUAACAGUUUCUGUUGCUAUGUUGACCAGUCUAAGAAGGUUCCUGAGUAGAAGAACCGCUUACGUUUGAGCUUUUGUUUGUUGCGGAAGCCUGGAGAGAAAGAACAAUGUUUACCUGUAUGUUUGCAUGUGGAGGAUAAAGAUCUAAGAGACUGAGUUGAGCACUGAACCUCUCGGCACUAAAGUUCAGAAUUGGCCGUCUUGAGGUGCUUUUGACGGAUGCAUGAAGAGAAGACGUGGUAAAUUUGCACAUUUCUCUGCAGCUCACCACAUCCUUUUUCUCCCGCAAAGUCAGGGGAGCCUGAGGGAGCCCACAUGAGUCUGAAGACACUUUCUGCUAUUUUAAUCUUCAGCAUCAGCAGGAGAUUAUACAGACUGUAGAACAAGCCACCAGCUUGCCCUUGAAAGUUCUCUACGUUUUUUGAGAUUGAAUGCUGAAGGCCUGCGACAGUAAGGUCUCGAAAAACCUCAAAACCAGGGACUUGCGUUAAAGCAACCACUACGCCUGACCAAAACUGACUGUGGAGAAAGACAGCCUCAAAGUGUUUGGCAGGAUCCAUUUGUCCUGAGAAUAGAUGAGUGAAUCAGCAGGUCCUUAGAGAACCUGAUAUCCACAGGCUUGCCGUCUAGACUGGCAAUCGGAUGUCAUUCUGAUGCUAAGCAGAUGUGUAUAUAUGGAACCGAUGUGGACGAAGAGGACAAGGAUGAUGAUGAUGAUGAUGAUGAUGAUGAUGAUCACACAUUUUGGGUUGCUGUUUAGUCCAUUGUGUGCCUUUGUCAGGAUUAUCAGCUGUGUAUAUUUUGUAAGAUAAGCUGAGGAAGGGAAAAACAGGUACUAAUUAUAGAGAAGUGUUCUUCACAUAUACAUAUGUCCAUACAUUGCUGCACUGUAAAGAGGAAAAAAGUAUCAUAUGAUCUUCAAAUAUAUAUGCAUCAUUACUUGCUGCAUUUACUGUAGAUAUUUAUUCUGUGGAGGUAGAUAACUCAAUCAAAUGACAGUAUCUCUUAAUCACUGUUCUCCUAUAACCAUUAAUCAUUCAAGUGAUAUUACCAAGAAUACUGACUGAGAAUAGAGUGCUUAUGUGGUCAGAUUCCUAUAGAGACAAUAAUGACACUUGAGAGCUUUUGGGGAUUCAGACAUGAACAGAGCUGUAAUCGGCCACCGGUAACUUAAAAUGAUUUUAGUUUCAAUGCAAAUAUAUAGUAUUUUGUCUGUCUUAUGUGUUUAAAGGGCAUAAGUAAAGAGAGAAAGGGAGAUGAGGUGAUGUUUAUAUGCUCAAUUACUGGCACCCUUUCAGAAUGAAGUGCUACUCUAUCUACUAAUCCCAAUGAGUGGCACAAAGCGCACAGCAAAGCCAUCAGUGCCAGCCCCCCAAACCCCAGGAUAUCAAGAGGGAGGCAUGGUGACAUUGCACCAAAGGAUAGAUCACAAAAAGAGAAGAGGAUGGUUUGUUUUCCUUUGUGACUGUCUGUAGAUCAUGUUCAUAACAAUGUCUCACUUAAGUUUUUCUUUAUUUGUUCAUUUCAGGCCAUUGUAAGCAAGGGUUUGGCUUAAAUGUAUGUUGCAUGCUUAUUCAUGUCCCUCCCCACUAUGGAUAUAUGACAAAUGUAUCGUUUUACUUACAUUUUCAACAAAAUACCACUACAAUGUACAACUCAACAUAAUGCUCAUGACCUGUGGCAGUUUGCUGAUGUGCAAUAUUCUCUAGUGUUCAUACAUGCCCCUUCUUUUUUUUUUUCCUGGAGAAAAGGUGAAAAUCAUUGCUAUACACUAUCGUACCUUGGAUACUGUUUCUUAGACUUUAUUUCUCUAGUUAGGUAUUUUCUUUCCUCACUGACACUGUUUUUUUAAAGGGAAACUAGCACUACAAAAGGGUACCUACCAAAUGCAUGAAGCAUUACCCACUUCUUAUUUAAGGAAACCAAAGUCUGUUAUCUGUUUACAAUCGGUUGUAAUUUAGUUUUUUCUUCUUUUUUUUUUCCCCCUCAACCACUAUACCUAUAUAUUUUGAACCACUGUAUCUGCUAAGCAUUAAUUGCCUUAAAUGGUUUGCCUCUGUAAUUUCUGUGUUGUCCAGAUAUAAAUAACAGUGCCUCAUGCUUUGCUUUUGGAAUUGGGACCAAACCUGUCCAGCAUUUCCAUGGUCUGUUCUUCUUUGGCUUGUUUAUGCUGAUUUGUAUUUUUUUGUAUUUUUUUUAUGUUGUGUUUUUUCCAUUGUCUAAACCAUGUAGCUUCAGAAUGUUUUAUGUUGUUAUAUGUAACCCCGUUGUCUAUAUAUAAUUAGUCAUUUUAAGGGUGCAAGGGUGUCUGUACUUUCAGCUGAUGACUAUGCAGAGGCAGUUUGGGAAAAUGUAAGCAUUAUUAUCUGCUACCUUAAAUAUUCUAACAGGGCAAUUUAUAAAGUUUUUAAUUCAAGUUAGAAGCAUUUUAACACCUGCAUUCCACGCAAAGGACUGAUGGGUUUCAGCUAACCAAAUCGAUAAUCUCUCUCUGUCUCUAUCAGUUAUGCAUUCACUAAUCCCAGACAUUGACUUGAUGGUACACAGCUGAAUUUAACUGCAUAAAGUUCUCAGGAUAUAUAGAAGCCUAAUCUGUAAAGCUAUAGAUGCAGGUACGAUGUAGGUGACUGCCUGCGCUGCAGUUUAGUGGAAGCAUGCUUGCCCUUCAGCCUUUUGAAAUGUGUAUGAACUAUGACGCAAGAUAACGUCUUGCUCAUUUUUCAUCGCAGUAUGUGGUUAAGAAACACUGCGUACAUUGAAAAUAAGUAAUGAUGUGUAUUAUGUAAUGCAAAGCUGUGUUGAUUUGAAGCAUUUGCCACAUUUUAAUUGCACCAGUCAUCUGUAAACAGCACAUUUGUCAUUUGUACAUAUUUUUGUGUAAAAUUGGAAGUUAUAUGAUUGUAAAUAUGACAUUGUAUUGCUUUUUUUGUAAAGCAGUUAGUUGCUGUACAUGUAUAACAUGGCAAUUUAAUUAUACCUGUGUUCAUAAUAAAAGUUGUCCACUACCCUGUCA